CGCUACUAUAAAAAUGUCAUUUAGUUUAAAGCGUUAGUCAGUGGGAAUAAUGCAAUUGAGCUUGAUAUAUCUGGCACUAGUUGCCCACCUAGUCGCAGCUAAUCAAUUGCCUUCUGGAAUAGAAAAGUGUCGCUACCAGGACGACAUAUGUCUCUUGCACAGCAGCAACUUGGUGAUUCGACGAUAUGGAAAAACUGGAAUGGCACAGAUGAAUAUAGAACCAUUGGAUGCUAUUAAGGUACCCCCAUACGAUCUUCAGAAAGGGAAUCGUGAUCAACCCUUAUGGCAUGACUGGAAAGUGAGUGACCAAUGGGUCUACGGUUAUGAGAACACCACAUUGACCAAAAUCCACGGAUUCGAUCGAGACCCUACGCGUUCGCAGGUGGAGAUUCAUGGCCGAGUACCCAGCGUGAGGUCUACGGCGCAAUUCCAAUUUAUAUCGCGAUUUCUCACCUUAAAACUAAAUACGACAGGUCGAGCGAAAUCAGAUUUACAGAACUUUCGGUUUGUUCUUAAAUUCUCCCUCACUGCUGACGACAAAGGCUAUGCUAAGAUCUACAAACUUACACUUAAUUUCGAUUUGGAUCGCUGGAUUCAGGAGUUGGAAGACCUGUUUGUGGGCAAUACAGAUCUUACCGUGAUCGCUAACGAAUGGAUGAACCGGAACUGGAGAGAGUUUUGGGUUGAUUUUGAACCGGAAAUAACUGAAACCGCUCGUCUAUUAAUACUUGAAAAACUGGAUAACAUUUUUGCAGCCGUGCCCUAUAAAGAUAUGUUUCUUUAGGUUUAAUAAAUGUGAUUACGUUCACUUGAUUGCUGUGCUCUAAAAAA